AAAUCGAUUAAGUGAAAAUCCCCUUCCCUCUCAAAUCAGCCCUCCCAUUCCCUCUCAAACAAAGUGAAAAUCUAUUUUCCUCACAAACCCACGCACGGUUGGUAAAACCGCAUUCCUUCUGCACACCGGAGCUUCUGCCGCCUUCUGCACACCGGAGCUUCUGUCACCUUCUGCACACCAGAACUCUUGCCGCCACACCGUUGCGAUCAAACCCACGGGCUUUUCACGGGCCCGUCGUCAUCGUUAAGGUCUUUGAAGAUAACGUUUUAAUCUGGGCCUUAUUAGAGUAUAAGGAUUAUGAAUGGAAGGUGUUGGUAGUGGAUGGUGGUGGGAGUAUCAGUUUUCACUUCACAGUUUGUUGUAAUUUUCACUGCUCAUGAUGAUGUGGGGAAAGUUAAGCGCAAGUGCAAUGCAUAUAUUUCUUGAUCUACAAGAGGUUUAAGAUCCUUGUUGAAGGAGCACGAUAUUAGUUUUUCUAUGCCAUUAUGUUCUGAAGUGGAGCAGAUUAGUAGAGAGGAUUUGGUUGAGCUCUCUGAGAUUGAGAAGCAUAAUUUAGGACAGGCUAAACGUUUUAGUUCGACGCCUGAUGUGGAAAACAGUCCAAAGUCUUUGUUAGCCUUCAAUGGUAAUUAUAGUGUUCAUGGCGUAUAUGAUUUUCUGCUAAAUUACAGAUCAUUGUUGACUACAUUGAGCAGUAUGGAUGUACCUAUGCUGUGUGCUCCCAUACCUUUCCUUAAUGCUGCAAUUUCUUCCCCACAGUUUUCCCCUAGGGCUCCUUCAACUUAUUCUCAGGAGAGCAUUGAUCAAGUUCGAGAUUUAUGGAUUUCUUACGUUGUCAAACAUACGCAACAAAAAUUGGAGAAGGAAGCAGAAGAUUUGGAUGGUGUGUUAUAAGAUCAUAUCGAUGGAAAUUAUUAAAGAUUAGAAUUCAUAAAGAAUUUUGAUGACAUUUGACUUUUGGAAUAAGAUAAUUGUAUAGUUGAAUUCUAAUCUAAUUAUAUGAUGAAAUGGUUUAUAAUUUUUGAUGUUGGUAUAGCAUGUAUGAACGCGUAUAUUUAAUGGUAUAUAUGGAUUAGUACAAAUUAUAUCGUAUUGGUAUUUUUAUUUAUU